AGGUUACGGAAUCCGUCGAAUACUCCGGCGUAUCCGGUUCAUCGUUUCAUAUUUGGCGGUGCUAGAUAUUCGAGUUGUUGAACGGCUCCUAGAACUAGCCCGUAAUCGCGCAAUAGGCCCCCAGCCAAAAUGACGAGCAAUGCGCAACCCGUCGAAAGAGAUAGUAGGCCGAUCUUGCUUAUAGACGAAGAGGAAGACCAAUGGGAGGGAGCAACGGAAACGAGUCCGCUGGUCGGCGCAAGCACAAGUAAUGCGACAGAAGAUGACAGGAAUGGGAAGGGUCAGGAGAGCUGGAUAGGACACGAAGAUUUCGCCGAUCUCCCAUGGUGGCGGACACCAUCGGUAUACUGGCUUCUAGCGCCGUAUCUUCUGUUCUCUCUUGCAUUUGGCGGUAUUCUCGUGCCGAAGCUCAAUUUAAUUGUUCAGUUAAUAUGUCGUACUCACUUCACCGACCGCCAGCAGCUUGAACCGAAUUUUAUAAAUCUACUAGGACCUUUAGGCGCCGAUGAUGACUUAUGCACCAGCGCCCCGGUCCAAAAGAAGGUCGCUGCUUUCACACUUAUAAUAAGUGCUCUUACCGGCGCCUUAAGCGCGAUCACGGCACCAAAGGUAGGAGCACUAUCUGAUCGGCACGGUCGAAAGCGCUUGAUGGUGAUGGCGUCAUGUGGCGGUUUAGUCAACGAGUGUAUCACUAUCUUGGCUGCAAAGUUCCCAGAUACCGUCAGCUACCAAUGGCUAGUCCUAGGCGCGUUCUUCGAUGGCAUAACGGGUUCCUUUACGGCGGGUAGCAUAUUAACUAACUCGUAUACAAGUGAUUGUGCACCUCCAUCUAAGCGCGGAGUACAUAUUGGCUACCUACAUGCUUGUCUAUUUACUGGCUUGGCGUUUGGACCUCUGAUUGCUGGUUAUUUCGUCAAAUGGACGAGUUCCCUGAUAUCGAUAUUUUAUGUCGUCUUGGUUUGCCACGCCGCUGUCAUCCUAUAUUUCUGGUUUAUUCUUCCCGAGUCGAUAUCAAAGAAACGUCAGCUCGCUGCACGCGAGAAGCAUCGUGCCGAAAACGAAGCUGCAGCCAUUGAACUUAGAUCCGGACUUCCAGAUUCAGUUCAGGUCUUCAUUGGGCCACGAGCUGCUUCUUUUGUCGAUGACCAUAUGGGAACUUGGCUUCCCGCAAUUCUGAGCGCCAACCCAUUUGCUCCCUUAAAGAUACUAGUCCCUGGUGGGAGGGAUAAUAGUCCUCUGCGGCGGAACCUGAUUAUCCUUGCUCUCAUCGACACGAUGCUCCUAGCUGCCGCUAUGGGUGCUGGUACUAUUAUUGUACUCUACUCUGAACACAUCUUCCAUUGGGACACCCUAGAAGCCUCGGAGUUUGUAUCGGUCGUUAGCUUGGCGCGCGUUGUCAUCCUUCUCUUCAUACUCCCAGCCAUCAACUACGUAUUCCGCGUCCUGCCACUGCGCCGUCGGAGGCGUGAGAAUGGCGACGUGAAUGUGAUCGAGAAAAGCUCCGGGGCUGAUAACCUAGAUGUAUGGCUCCUACGUUUUGCUCUCCUUAGUGAUGCCGUGGGUAUCUUUGGCUACAUAUUCGUGCGUUCAGAAGAAUUUUUUGUCCUCUGCGGUCUGGCUACCGCAUUUGGCGGUUUAGCAAAUGCCACUAUCCAAAGCGCGAUCACGAAGCAUGUUCCAGCCCAGCGUGUGGGCUCCCUGCUGGGAGCUAUUGGCCUGUUACAUGCACUCGGAAGGGUUAUUGCUCCCGCGCUUUUCAACGGCGUCUAUGCUGCAACAGUCGAGACUUUUCCACAGGCUUUCUUCGUCCUGUUAGCUUCGAUGUUCGGAUUAGCGAUACUCGGAAGCUUCUUCGUAAGACCUCAUCUACAUUUGAAAGAUGACGGCUAUAUUGCAGUCCCGGUUCGAAUUCCCGGUGAUACCCAGGACCCAAAUGUCAUGUCUGAUGAAGAGAUUAUCGGUGAUUCCUUACCACGGGUUUAAACGACUUAUUGUAUCGAUAUAAUACCACAUACGGCAACCUUAUAUAUGUACGAAAGGAAAGAUGUAAGUAAAAAGUCGUUGACAUCUAGGUCAAAUGACUACCUUUAUAUAUAUGACAUUUCAGAUGAUAUACAUUAUACCUACCUACCUAUGUACCUAAGAUAUAUUCAUAUGUACGAAUUCAAAUCGGUGCUGGCGUAAAUAUUUUCUGCCUGCCUUGCACCAAUAUAUGUACAAUCUAGUGUAAUAUUGGUUAAUUUUAGAUUUGUUUA